CUGGAAAUGUCCCGCAAGAAGGCCGCGGAGAAGAUAGCGAUGCCGCCGGUGUUGGCCCCUAAAGAGGACAAUCCAAGAGUGCUGUCCUUUGAUCCCGAAAUCCAAGGAUAUAUUGACAGUAAAUUUGUUUUCGUGGACUCGAGUGCCGGCUAUUCUGAUCAGACCAGACUUAUUGUGAUCCGCGAGACGAACGGUGUCUUAAGGGAAGCGAAUCGCGAAGAGAGGUAUCGAAUGAAUCAACUCUUCUUCCCGAUUGACGAACGCCUUAUGGAAACACCGAAAAUGUUUUUUGAGCCAAACUUAACGAAUGUGUUGGAUCGACACGAAUACGAGUUUGUGUUGAAUCGGGCGUGUCUUCAGUUGGAGCCAAACGAUCCCAAAUACAUAGAGAUAUGU